CUACAAAGCGUUCAACUCCUGUUGCUUGAGAGCCUGGGUCGAGUUCUUGAUUAGAAAGCAAGAUGGCGGACAAGCUAGGCUAAAGGCGUCUGUUACCAGCAAGUUCAGGUGUAGACGAAAUGUACCCUCUCCUGGCUCAGAAACUUGGUUGUUCUUCUUUGAGAAGUUAUUUAGUCUGUUUAACUCCAAGGAAUUUCAUCGCGUACAGGUAUCAACCGCUGCAAAAGCUGAAAGAACACUUUUUUUGUAUUUAAGGCUCAGUGUAAGUUCUUGAAGCUUACCCAUCGUUGUAUUGGGCUAGCUGCGAACGAUUCCUGCUUGCUUUCAGCUUUUGCGUUUGGUUUAUCAUUAUAAUCUAAAAUGUGUACUUUUGUGUUGCAUACAGUGAUCAUUUCAUUUACAUUUUGAGAUAAUAACUAUGACACACCCCCUUAAUAUCCGUCUCAUUUUUUAAUUUUGUCUUAGGGGAGAGGAAUAGAAGAUUCUCCCCGAACAUUCACCCUUCCCCCCACUAAAUAGCCCAGUCUUCAGAGUACAAUAGAACUUAACAAGAUCUUGAGCGAGUCAUUUUUGUCUGUGUGCAAAUGCAAGCAAUUCAUGGUUGCAGUAUUGAUUAGUUCUGCAUGCAACAAACAAUGCUCUAAUUCUGGUGAGGCCAUUAGGGAGGUUCUGAGUUUGCUGUAUCCUUUUAAUUUUUGUUCUAAAUAUCCCAUAUUCUGUUAAUUCGUGUGUUUUGUAGGUCCAGUCCAAUAUCACUGAAUCUCUAUUUUAAAUAUUCCCAAUCCCAUUAAUUUUUUCCAUAAAUAUCCUGUAUACCCAAGUAUUAUGUAUCUGAUAACCCCUAAGAGGGCCUUUCUGUCGGCACAAUCAGCAUAGAGAGAAAACAUGUAUACUUGACAUACUCUAGUAAGAGUGCCUUCACUGGUGGUCUGAAAUGGUGUAAUCAAAACUUUAUUCAAUACUCAUAAAAAAGACCUAUGUACAGUGCUUCACUUAAAAAGAAUUAAAUUUGUACCUUAACAUCUGUUAGAAAGAAAAAAAAAAUCAUAAUGUCUCAAUAUCUCUUGAACUAUAAUCCACGAAAAUGUUUCUCUACUAAUUAUUAUUACUAUUACUAUUAGCAAUCACUACCAAUAUUUAACAUCUUUUCACUAAUUCCUCUUUAAAAUCUGCCAACAACGAUAAAAACAUUAAAUAGUAGUAAUAAAUAAAAUGCAAUAUUCAAUAUCUUUUCUCUAAAUAAAAAUGGUGUUAAUAAUAAUAAUAAUAAUAGGUCAUUUAUAAUGCGCUAAUUCCAUAAAAUGUUCAAAUGCACAUGACAAGAUUAAAAAACAAAAUGAAAAGGCUAAAAAGAUAAAAUUACAAUUAAGAGUAAACUUACAAUAAUUUAAAAAGCUAAGAUUACAAUUGAAAGUAAACUCACAAUAAUAAAAACAAUUCCAGGGCUUGCCUUCAAAUUUCACUCAAAAUUUUAUAAGUCCAUCAUUUUCCAGACCUUAGUUUUUUUUGCUCAUACUUGUUGUUCAGUCAUCUGGGAGGUUCUGGCUGGUUUAAAAUUUUCCUUUCAAACUUCCCAUACCAUUGCAACAGUUUUUUCAUUUUUUGAGCAAUGUAAUUCUCUUCUAUUUAUAGGAGUAACAGACUAACAGUUCUUAGGGAACAUCAAAUCUCAAAAAUCAUCACAAAAAGUGCUUCAAAAUAUACUGCAGAGGCAUUCAGAUGGAGAACUUUGCAUGUCUGGAAAUUAUUAGAACAGAGAUCAAAUUCUUAUGCCCAUCCCUGGUAUCUUCUCAAGUAUACUGGACUCUUAGCUGUUGGAACUUUAGUUGUCAGAUCAAAGAUUUCUAGUGCCUCCUGUGGGCCGAAGUUGAGUCACAAGUCAUCAUCACAGCUUUCGCAGGGCAAAGACAAAGAUGGGAAGAGAUCACAGCCAAAAUUUGAUUUCAGGGAAUUCUGGAAAUUCCUUUGGCCUGAUAUUUGGCUUUUACUAUUAGCAAGCUUGAGUGCUUUUGCAGUUGCCAUGUUGAACAUUGAAUUACCGAUGUUGCUUGGGAACCUUGUAAAUGCUGUCUCUAGUUUAACAAGUGGCAAUCUAAACACAGACAUAUUUCAAGUAUUAAGAGAACCUGCAAUGAAAUUGAUAUCACUUUAUGGGGCUCAGUCAGUCCUUACAUUUGCUUAUAUCUCAUUUCUUUCUUGUUUGGGUGAGAGGCUUGCAGAGCGAAUGCGCAAUGCUUUAUUUGCAUCAUUGAUACGACAAGACAUUGCUUUCUUUGAUGAUCAUAAAACAGGAGAGCUAGUCAACAGGUAUGUUUCCUCUUCUAAGGGUUGCUUGGCCAAAACAGCUUUAUUUCAUUUUCAUGGAAUAUCAUUAAUUUAUAGCACAUACAUACGUAGGGUAUAUGAAAAAAAAAAAAAAGAAAGAAAAAAAACAAGUAUUAUAUUGUGAGAUACUGUGUGCUGCAAGGUGAUAAAUAGACAUACAAACCAUACCAUGAACAUAACAUUCACUCUGAAAAACCAAGGACUCCCAGCUACCACUUUCCGUAAUAUCAUUACAGUGGUCCAAUCCUCUAACAGUAUGAAUUAACUUUAGAUAAGUUCAUAUAUUAUUUUUUGUUCACUGCAAAAUUUAGGUCAAAAGAUUGUUCAGGGUAAGCUGCAUGACAUGCAUGCAUUUUGAUUGAUUCUUAUAAUCUGUAAGAUGACAGAUGCUUAGAUGAUGCCACCAUUACCAACAUUUUGCCUUUCUAUGAUACAUAAAAGGAUUCCAUGCUGCUGUGAGUCUGUAUAGUAAUAGAUCACAGAAGAUAUCAAGAUGUCAUCUGCUUUGUGCCUAAACAUUUCUCUGUUCCCCCAAACUGAAUGCUAAUUAUUUCUUGAAUUGAAAAUGUAGGUGGCUCACUUAGAACUUUUUUUUUAUCUUAUAUGGUGGAAAAUUUUCCUUGAAGGUUGACCAGUGACAUUCAAGAUUUCAAGAGUGCAUUUAAGCAGAUUAUUUCCCAAGGUCUGCGCAGUACAACUCAAACUGUUGGCUGUGUGGCAUCACUUUAUAUGAUUUCACCCAAACUGACAGGCGUAAUGAUGGUCAUCUUACCAGUUGUCAUUAUUGGUGGUACUUUGUUUGGCUCCCUAUUAAGGAGGCUCUCCAAGGCUGCUCAAGAACAGGCUGCUAAGGCAACUGCAGUUGCUGAUGAGGCUCUUGGAAAUGUGCGAACUGUGAGGGCAUUUGCUAUGGAAGAUAAAGAAACUAAGUAAGAUCAUAACAAAGUCACUGUUGCCCUCACAGACCAUUUUUUGAAUACAUUUUUUUUUUAAUACAUCUUUUCUAAAUAGAAUCAUGCAUCUUUGUCUAUCAACUUUCUGACUUUCUUACUUUCUGGAAGGUUCAGAGUGAAAUGAUGAAGUAUCUUAUGGCAAAUAUAUGAGUUGUAAUACGAUAAUGAGAUUAUCUACAUUACUUUCAAGUGAAUUAACCCUCCCAGAAGUGAUUAACAUGUAACGUCUCCCUAAUAUCCUUACAAUGUCCAGUAAACAGGUGAUGAGAAUACUCAAACUUAUCAGGUUGAAGUUGUUGUCUUGAUCUAGCACCAAAUUCUCAUAGCUUAUUAACAAGAAAUUGUGUAGCAGCUAGAAGGGAGAUUCAACAAUCAGAUCUUGGGAUUUAAAGGGUUAAGAGGUUUUUUGUUUUAAUUUUGUUUUGUAAAUUGAGUUUUGUUCUUAAGUUUUUUUUAAUUUGACAGUGUUUGUAAAGAAAAAUAUAAAAUGGGCAAAAAAUUUGUCAAGAAUUAAAUAUUAGAGUAUACUAAGAAAUAUUGUAAUUAUUCCUAUGGUAAUGAAUAUAAUAAUUUCAUUAGCAUUGGCUGGAUCAUUUUACCUUACAACUGAAAUUGACUUGCAGCUUGUAUCAAGAUGAAGUGUCUAAAUCCAAGGCACUGAAUGAGAUGUUAGGUGUUGGAGUUGGGUUGUUCCAAGGUUUGUCAAAUCUAGCCAUUAACGGCUUGGCACUGGUAGUGUUGUAUUAUGGUGGAUCACUUCUUGCUGCCAAAGAAAUGGAACCUGGAGACUUGAUGAGCUUCCUGGUGGCUACACAGACUAUACAAAGGUACUUUAUUGGACAGUAUGGCUCACACACCUUUCUUCAGGUCCUAGCACUUUUUAUAGCUAAAAAAAACAGUUAAUAAGUUUUAAAUUUUCAUUCUGUGGGAAAUUUAAUAAAAUAAUGAGAGAUUUUGGCUGCAAAAGAGCAACAACUUUAAGAUCAAGACAAAACCCAAUGAGCUUUUUUCAGAACUCAGACCCUCUUAAGUCUGAUUUUUGGGCUGUAUGCUCAGCUAUUGUAACAGUUCCAACUUUUUCAGUUGUUGUAAUUUUUUCAAUUUAGAUUCUAAUUUCAUAAUGAAUAAAAAGAAAGGAACAUGAAAAUUGAACUGGUCAGAAAAAAUUUAGACCAGGAUAAACCUUUGAAUCACUGACAACCUUCUGUGUUGUGGGUUUGUAUAAUUACCUAAUUAGGUGUUAAUUUUCUUCUUUUACAAUGUCAGGUCUUUAGGUCACAUAUCUCUCCUGUUUGGCCAAAUUGUGCGUGGCAUGAGCUCAGGAGCAAGGGUGUUUGAGUACCUAGCAAUCAAACCCACCAUACCAGUUACAGGUGGUAAACAAGUCCCCCUUGAGAACAUAUGUGGAGAAGUUAGCUUUAAGGAUGUUACUUUUGUGUAUCCUACACGACCCAUGCAAACUGUUCUUAAAGACUUUUCCCUGUCAGUGCCAGCUGGUAAGAUGGUUGCUUUGUGUGGAAGUAGUGGAGCUGGCAAGUCAACUGUAGCAGCCCUGUUGGAGCGUUUUUAUGAUCUGAAGAGUGGAAGCAUUUUUCUUGAUGGUCAUGACAUAACUUCCUUGGAUCCCACAUGGCUGAGGGGACAUGUGAUUGGAUUUAUUCACCAGGUAUUUAGACUGUGAAUAAAAGCAGGUGCACUUUAUUAAGAACCAAAUUACCUUACAAACAUAUUUUGAAUUAAACAAGGUUGCUGUUACAACCAGAGAGUAGAGAGGUGUGAAACAGCAUGAGCAUAAGUUCUAGUUAUUGUUAAUACACAGUUGUAAUCCAAAUUCUGUUCACUCAUAUUGAUUUCUUUGGGCAUAGCUUUAAAUUAAGUACUGUUAAAGUCAGUUAGAACUCUCUCUAAAAUCAUUCAUGUAGGAAUAAAAAAUGUGACAUUUCACCUCAUGAUAACAAAUUAAGCAUGAAUAAAAAUAUUUAAGAAAUAGUCUUUUGAAAACAUUAAAAUGUUAAACAUUUUUUCAAAAUAUCAUUUCCAGCCAGCCUUCUGCUAUCAUUUUUAUGUGUUUUGUUCUUUACAUCCAGGAGCCUGUGCUGUUUGCCACUUCAGUUUUAGAGAACAUACGUUAUGGCUGCCCAGAAGCAACAGAUGAUGAGGUAUAUAUAACAGACAACACCUUGUGUCAUGAUCAUUGUCUGAUGAAUUCAUCAAUUUUUUGUUACAUUAUUUCCUUUGAUUUUUUCCCAUAAUAUGAAGGUUUUAGCAGCAGCUCAGCAAGCAAAUGCUGAUGGCUUCAUUAGAGAUUUUCCUGAGGUAACUGAUUGCACUGCAUACUUUUGAUCCCAGUCAUUCUUUGGAAUGGCUCAACUUUUGUGGUUGUCAUUGUUCAACAGAUUAAUUUAUUUCUGCUGUUUCAUGUCAUGUGAUAUAAAAAAAGUUUCUAGCUUGUGGUAGCAAAAAAGUUAGUAGCAACUAAAAUUUGAAUCUGGGUGAUCUGACUGAUGCAGUUGGCAUCAAAUGCUUAAGUUUAUAACCUCAAAGUCAGUUUCUAUCAAAAGCGGCAGAUAUUUCUCUUCUUUUAUCUCAGUGGUCAACAUUUACACUUUAAAAAAGUUAAACCCAACUUUUCUUCACAAUGUUUCCACAGAUAUCGCAUUGUAGUUGUCACAGGGUCAACUUUUCCUAAGUCUUGGCAUUAAUCUUUUGUAUCCUGCCAUCUGAGUAUCCCUGCAAAAUGAAAUCAGUAGCCCAUAAGGCAACAUUUGAAAUGAUGUUAGGGAUCAGGCUGGGGUUUUCCAAAAGGUGGUUAAUGUUAUUCACAGCAUGAAUCAUUACACAGAGGAUUGUUUAGCAUGCUCAAGUAAAACUAGUGAGUAAGUUCUUUGGGUAGUUUUUAAUAGCAUUAUCUGUUGUUUUUAACAAUUAAGCCUAGAAGUUUUUAUAUUAAAUAGAUAUAGUAAAAGGAGUUUUUUAUGAUAUUGUACUCAAGCUUCAAGGUUCUAGUGCUAUGUGUCGCAACUUUGCACAAAUCUCACUUUAUUCCACAGGGAUACCAAACUAUCCUUGGAGAGAGAGGUGUUACUGUGUCAGGAGGACAGAAACAAAGGUGUGUAGUAUUUAAAACUUUGAUGAAUAUAAAGCAGAAAGUAUCAGUCAGCUUUUUGAGGUUUUUGAGAAGAAGCUGCCAAAUGAGUGAUAGUUGGGUAAAACUUUUUUUUAAAAUUAUUUUGUUUGUUUGUUUUUUGCCAGGAUUGCAAUUGCCAGGGCACUUCUAAAGAACCCAGCCAUUCUCAUCCUAGAUGAAGCAACAAGGUAUUUUCAGUAUGCCAUAUAGACUCAUUUCUUUUGCUUUUUAUUAAUUCAAAUCAAAUCAUGAUGUUUAUUAUAUUUACAAAAAUUCAUAAAACGACAGAGAUUAUCCAUGUUGAUGGUGUUCUCUAAAGGAGUUAGCAUUCAUGAAGUUAGGUGAAAGUUCCACUUUUUUGAUAUUAGGGAAUCUGCGUCAUUGAUUUAUUCAAUUAAUCUGAUUUUACAAAUGUUUUGGGCCAAGAAGUGUGUUGAGUGUCAUCUUUCAUUUACAUCCAGUGCCUUAGAUGCAGAAUCUGAACGUGUUGUACAAGAAGCUUUGGACAAAGUUACUAAAGGUUUUAAAUUUACUUCAAUUCAUAGCUAAAGUAUUAGUCAAAUGAAUAUAACUGAUUAUAAGGUUGACCUGUACAAUAAUGUACACAUGAUAGCCUCUUUAUGAGUUGCAUAUUUCAUGGGUUAACACUUCAAGACACUCUUUAUGUUUACUGCAUCCAUUAGGCUCAGUGGGUGUGUAUGGAAAAGAUAUUUUAUCCUGAGUGAUUUUAAAGAGAAAGUUGAGAAAAUUAAUAUUACUCUUCUACCAGUUAAGGGUCAUUCUCCAUGAUGAAUAACUGUGACCAUAGACUUGACAUUUCUUGUAGCUUUGUCAAAGUUUUUCACAAUAAGGACCUCCCAGCUUACUAAUAUUAUUUUGAGUUGCUGUAGAGCCUAAGAGAAUUCUUCAAGUUGAUUAAUAUGGAGGAGAAAAAAGCAUUGUACUUUUAAUGAUACUUGUCCUUCAAUUUCUGCACUUAGGACGCACUGUGAUAGUUAUUGCUCAUAGGCUCAGUACCAUACAGAAUGCUGGUAAGUUAAUAUGAAGUUGUCCUUUGAGCUUUGUUUUGUCAUAUGAUUCUCCUGAAAUCAUUGAGAAGGUUAUACUACACGAAAAUUGAAAAUUGAUGGAUAGGAUUUGUUAUCCUUAUGACACAAUUUUUGAAGGCCCUUCAGGCUGUCAAAUUAGUUCUUCUUUUAUUUUAUUUAUUUAUUUUUAUUUGUAUUUUCAAUUGGUGAUGAUCUCUGGUGUAGGGCUGAUCUUGAAUGGUGGGAUCAUAGCCAAAAUAUUCUCUGCAAGCACUAGCCUUUGCAAAGUUUAAGUUUAGUUUUUUGUCAUUAAUAUUUGAUUGAUAUGAAUGAACUAACUCUGGGUUAGUAAGAUUAUUAACUAAAGAUAGUUUCAUUCAUAUAAGUAAUUUAUUGCUUACCCAACUCUGUUGCUGCAACUUCAUUAACUUUUUUUUAUAAUUAAAACAGAUAUGAUUGUGGUUCUUUCCCAUGGUAAAAUUCGCGAGGUAAGUUAUAAUUGCAAACCUAUCAAUGUCCUUAAUUAAUAAUUGCAGCAGUUUGUGUCACUUUCUUGUACUUCCCCCACAUCAGGUGUUUCCCUCAGCUGGUUAAAGUUUUUUAAAUCUGUUCAUUUUCCCACAUACAUUUUGUAAAAAAAUUUCCAAAUAAUUUAAAAGUAUGUUGUUAUGGUUCUGAUAAAGUUUGUUGUUGUAAUUUGUAGCUGUUGCGGUAACUGUAUGCUGUUGUUCUCAUUGAAACUUAAAUAUUUCCUUGGAACUAAGGAUAACUUGGGUUUCAAAGAAUACAAUUAAGUGCUAACAGCUUACUUCAAAUUCAAACUGUUCCAGUCAGUUGGAACAUCUGUUUAAAAAAAAAAAGGAAUAUGCAAGAAACAGAUAAGUUUUGGACCCUUUCAAUUCAUCUCAACUGUUACUAUUUUUGGAUGCACUAACAGGCAUGAACUUUGUAAUUUUGUGGCUUUGCUAUGGUAGGAGGUUGAACGUCACUUCAAAUCACUUUUAACUAACUUUUAUAAUAGGUGGGAACUCAUCAAGAAUUAAUGGCCAGAGAUGGACUUUAUGCAGACCUUGUACGACAGCAAAUUCAAGAACAGGAUUAACUUAGCAUGUGCCCCAACAGAUGUUGAAGUACAAGAGCAGAGACCAUGAGAUGUCAUCUAUCUGAGCAGUGUUAAUCACCCUUCAGUGCCCUAAAAACCACAUGUUAGAUCCAUUUGAUAAAUUCCUGUGUCACCUUAAGGAUUAGCUUGAGUUAACUUGUUUCACACCAUCCAUUAGAUUUCAUAGAUUUCAUUUGAAGACAUCUUGUUUGUGACUUUUUACAUUUCAUUAAGGGGCUGAGUUUCUAAAGAAACUGUGGUGCUGCAUCAGUGGGGGGUGUUACAAGAUAAUUUGGUGCUAUCACUUGAGUCGAUAAUGUAAAUUAGCCAUAGUAAAGAGGUUGUAACACUUGCCUUCCGAGUGUUAGCCCUCUUUCAAAGUGAAUAUCAUAACUACUUGUAAUCAAAUGUACUGUGUAGUAGUUUAGCUUUUCAGAUACAUACGUUCAGAGUUAAAAAAACUGAUAUGACAUAGGAUCCCACUCCAUUUUGACUGGGUGAAGAAAUCAAUUUAACUCAACUCCACCCAAGAUCAGCUGUGAUUCUCUUUGUCCUAGAAAGUGGUAUUGCCAUCAGUGGUAUUGCCUACAGUGCAGGUGUCUCAUGAGGGCAAGUCAACAUUAAGAAGCUGGCAACCUUUUACUCAUGUUUGGUCUGAAGUUAGAGUCAACAGUGGGGAGAGGAGUGGGGAAGGGGGAAAAAAUUCAUUGCUCCAACCCCUCCCCUCUCUUUUUUGAUCAAGGCUAACCCCCUUUGGUACAGAUUUCUUUCUCUCCCCACUCUUCCACUGCUGUAAAAAUCAUAGAUGGCAGCUAUAAUUUUCCACCAAGAUAAUACUGAGCACUCACCCACCAAAAUUUUGCCUGCUUUGCAGGCUGCUAUCAAAGUUAAAGAUCAAACUCUCCUGUAAGAGGGUUAAAUAGAUCUCAAAGGGUACUGUUGUAGUGUGAUGGUCAGAAAGGAAAUCAUAGGGGCAACAGUUAAAGCUGUGACAUUUUUGGUGAUCAAUGGUGGUAUUUGAUUAGCCUGUGCUGCAAUAGGAUUUAACAAAAAUUUCACUGUCUUCCCUUUGGUACUUUGGUCAUAUCUCUAAUAUCCUGACCAAUUCAUUGUUCCUCAUUACAAUUAAUUAAAGUACAAUAACUGUAGCAACCUUCUGGACAUUGGAUAAUGAUUUUAUUAGGUGAAUAAUGAAACUAUAACGUGAAGUCUACUAUACAAAUUGAUUGAAGAGAAACUAAAAAGUAAUUUCAUUAAACAAAAGUUUGGCACUUCCUACUCUUAAUACAUGACCCCAAGUUAUGGUAGAAAAUAACAUGUAGACUUGACACUGGGAGCCAAGAAAAGAAAUCAGUACUAUCUCAUGAAGGCCUUGGAUGUUUUCCAUCUUCAAACAAAAUUCUGUUUACCCUUUAACCUCCACGAGUGAUCUGCAUGUAAUUUUGAAUCAUACAUUAAAUCAGGCCACCAGAAUAAAGGAUAUGAUCAACAUCUAAAGAAGGUCUUGAUUGAAACAAUUCUCCCUAGGUAAUGUAUAGAGAACAGUGUGGAGAAUGUGCACACUGAUUUUAGGGUGUAAAAGGUUAAUGCUUUAACCCCUAAGAGUGACUCCACAUCUAAUUUCUCCUCAGUGUCACUCUUAGAUCAAACAUUAAGGUCAUGAAAAUAAAGAAAAUGAUCAAUAACUAAAGAAGCUCUUGAUUGUUAAACAAAUUCUCCUGUCAGUUCCUUAGGAAAUUAUACAGAACAGUUUAGAGAAUAUGCAUGCGGAUUUUAAGUGUAAAGGGUCAACAUGGUUUACAAAUAUAAACCAGCUAAUAAAACUAAUGAGAGUUUAUGAGACAAGAAAAACAUUUAUGAUGAUGUUAUACUGC